CAGCUUAUUAAAGUCAAAUGCGCUCUUCUGGCUAAGUCACUAACUUCCCAACCUUAAAUCACUUAUGCGAUUCAAUCGUUAGUUAUUCACGUGUGCAGUUAAUCAAUCAAAUGCUACCCUAGGUACCCUGGGUACAUAGAAUGCACUACAUCCUCCCAACAAACACCUGAACAUUUGGACUGUAUGGGAACAGUAUACUUGAUCCUUCUAUCUUACAACUUGUUUCUUUGGUGUUAAUCUCGAAUACGACGAGUACCUAAUACUAUACCAAUCACAUAUAAUACAAACAAAUACCCUCACUCAAGAUUAUUAUUCUAACCUAGGAGACUUGAUCAAUUGGCAUCUCAUUCCCGAUUUCUUCUCUCUUCUAAAUCUGCCUCACCAGUUACAUUACAUCAUUGUCGUCCCAAAGACAAGGCUGCCUAUCUCAUCUACACAAAGCAACUUCAAAUUGCUCUAGGAAAGCCAACUUUCGAAUAUCCUAGUCUUGCUCCUGUGCUUUCUUCAAUCCUACUGCGCGUGAGCUCAAUGGGUUUACGGUGUGUAUUCCGGUAGACUCGACAAGGUAAAUCAGUUCUGCUCCUAGGCUUGCCUAGGAAGUACCCCAACGACAAUAUGGGUCUCAGUCGCAGUAGGCCUCCGAAACUAUGGUCUCUUAAUGAUACUUAUGGCUUCAUCGCGACCUUUUGCCAGGCGAACACGCGAACCUAUCCUCGCCGAACCGCUCUAAGAUGUUCAGCAGUACGACUGCAAGUCAGACCGUUCUCGGUUGCGCAAGAUACGAACACGACGUCGUCUCGUGUCGAACCACAUAAUCAUCAGACACCACCCUCUCCGCACAAUGUACCACGAUGUGGUUUUCACACUUACUUCGUCACUCACCUUCCGUCUUCGUCGCUACAUCCCGAUUCGCGUGCCCCAGCCGGACUUCAUCAUAAGUUACCACGGGCCGCCGCCGCGCCUCACGAUGCCGUUUCUGGAGCACCACCUGUGACCCCGCCCCACAUAUCACCUACCCGCGACUUAACCGUGGUUCGUAUACCCCUCCGCAGUGCCAAGCACCAUUUUGGUGCUGCGAACUCGAGAGGAUCAAGGCCCUACAAUGAAGACACCAACCAGGCAGGCACCAUUGACAUGCCUGCCUUCGCUAAACGUGCUCCUAUCAGUCUAGUCAGGAGCACCAUGAACAGGACGGGAGAGGGGACUUCAGCUGAUAGCGCGUAUGGAGACCCCCAGAUCUUUUAUUUUGGAGUUUUUGAUGGACAUGGAGGCAACCAAUGCAGUGACUUUUUGAGGGAUGAGCUACAUGGGUACAUAGAGGAAGCCGCUCAGGAGUUCGAGCUGAAAAGCAGCUUACGGACAAUGAGAAAGGGACGGAAAACGGACCCAAAUUCCAAGGAUUCGGGAACCCAGAUCCUGUCAGAUACCGAAGCUGGCGGGAAAGAUGCACUUGAUCGAUUAGAUAUCAAGGGGUCGGAAGCCGUCAAGGCCAAAACGAAAAUCCCCGAGAUUGACAAACACGGCGCAAUCCAAGAAGUCAACAACCCAGGCGCUGUCAAGGGUGCGAGCCCCGCUCCUACCAAAGUCUCGCAGCCGAAAGCUCUACGAUUACAACAGGAGUUGGUAGAAGAAUACAAAAGUACCAUUGGCGGUUAUUUCCGACGCUUCCACCCUCCGCACUUUCACCGUAAACAAGACCCUAAGUCUCACGAGGCUCUGGUCAGUAUUGAAUCCGUCCUCACGUACGCAUUUCUCCGCGCCGAUCUCGACUUUGUCGCAGCGCAAGCCCGCAAACCGGACCCCGACGAUCCAUAUGUAUCCGAUACGGCUCUGAACUUAGAUGAGGUAUUAGGAAAGCCACAUCACCUACCUCCUUCCGGUCAGGGUAUCGGCGGGCGAACCCGGUUCAAGGGAGGAUCGACUGCCUCGGUCGCCUUGAUCUCCACGCCGACCCCGGCCCCAUUCUGGCAUCCGGCGGCAAGUUCUACAUUGCUAGUCGGGCACGUUGGCGACACACGCAUACUUUUAUGCGAGACUGCCACCGGUCUCCCUCGUCCAUUGACAUCCGAUCAUCGUCCAAGCGCUCCUAGUGAGUCUCACCGCCUACGACGAUUUGCAGCCUCUUUCGUGACCGAUUCUUUCGGCGAGGAACGAAUCCAAGGCCUCGCCAACUCCCGCGCUUUCGGCGACAUGGCUUCCAAACGUCUGGGCGUCUCCGCUGAGCCUGAAAUCACGCGCACGGAGCUAGGGCCGGCUGAGUAUAGCUUCAUAGCUCUCGUAUCAGACGGCGUGUCAGGGACCCUCAGCGACCAGGAAAUCGUCGACAUCAUCAAGGAGGCCAAGACCCCCGAACAAGGUUCCCGAGACGUCGUAUCAUAUGCCACCGAAGUCAGCCACGACGGCGACAACGCAACGUGUCUCGUUGUCCGCCUCGGCGGCUGGGAGCGCAGGAGUGAGGGCGGGUUGGGGAGUUUGGGGACAAAGGAGAUUCGCGAUUUCAGACGUAAUGAGGCGCUGGAUCCGCGACGGGGUAUUAGGUAGAUGGGUAAGAGUCAGAGCUUUCUUGCUGAUGAAGUAGUUAGGUGGUACAUAGGUAGUAUAAACGUAAUUAUAAUCUACACCAGUGGCUGCUGUUUAUCAC